GAUGACGCUGAGCUGACAUCAGAGAAGGCGAGUCCCGCCUGAGUUGAAUAAUCUGCUUUCUGGGGGCGUUCUGGCUGCCUUUUCUUUUUUCCUAUUUGGCUUUCAGCGUGUCAGAGUUGUUUUUAAUGGUGCUCCUCUGCUGUCGCUGAAGUGCAGCUGGGCUCAUGGCAGAGAUGGAAUGCCGCGUGUUGUCCAUUCAGAGUCACGUUGUCCGCGGAUAUGUGGGAAAUAAGUCGGCGUCGUUCCCUCUGCAGGUGCUGGGUUUUGAAGUGGACUCCAUCAACUCUGUGCAGUUCUCCAAUCACACAGGCUACGCCCACUGGAAAGGUCAAGUCUUGACAGCCGACGAGCUCAUCGUGCUGUACGAGGGCAUCAAGCUGAACAAAGUCAACCACUAUGACUAUAUCCUCACAGGGUACAGCAGGGACACGUCCUUCCUGGCGACAGUGGUGGACAUCAUUAAAGAGCUGAAAAAGGCCAACCCCCGUCUGGUAUAUGUUUGUGACCCGGUGAUGGGAGACCACGGUGCAAUGUAUGUCCCGGAGGAACUUCUGCCAGUUUACAGAGACAAAGUAGUGCCUUUGGCGGAUAUCCUGACGCCCAACCAGUUUGAAGCAGAGCUACUAACUGGAAGAAAAAUCCACACAAUAGAAGAUGCUAUUGAGGCAAUGGAAUUGCUUCAUAAAAUGGGUCCUGAGAUGGUGGUCCUCACGAGCACUGACUUGCCUUCACAACAGGGAGACCAGCACCUGGUGGCCCUUGGCAGCCAGAAAAUAGCGCAACCCGACGGGAGCGUUUGCGAUCAGAAGAUCCGCAUGGACAUCCCCAAAGUCGACGCGGUAUUUGUGGGGACGGGAGACCUGUUUGCCGCCUUGCUGCUUGCCUGGACACACCAUCACCCCAAAGACCUGAAGGCUGCCUGUGAAAAGACGGUUUCCGUCAUGCAUCAUGUAAUCAAGCGCACCAUUACCUACGCUAAUGAAAAAGCCGGCCCGGGGAAAAGGCCAAGCCCCGCGCAGCUGGAGCUGAGGAUGGUUCAGAGCAAAGGCGACAUAGAGAACCCGACCAUCGUAGUGGAAGCUAAAGUUCUACAUCAGCCGUAACGACUUAGCUUCAUAAACACACAUUGCCACAGGUAAUGUAGGAUCUUCCCAUCCGGGUGUUAAACUCGGGAAGGGCCAAUACUUAUCUGUACGGAGGAGACACUCCAGAAUCACUGCCGUGCAUCUCUCCCUAUUAGGAUGUCUGUAGAGUCUUAGAAUCAAUCAAUUAGCCAAUAGGACCUAUUUUUAGAGGGUAAAACACUUGACUAGUAAAUGUACUUGAAGAUCAUGCAUGCUUGUCCAUGCCUCAGCUUGUUUAGGCUUCACUACCAAGUCCGAGCUCAACAUAGGUGCGUUGUGAUUUACAGUAGGGAAGGAAUUCAUUAUGGGUGGAUCUCACGUGAGAGGAAGAGGGGGGGUAAAUCGUUUUGAAAAUGAUGGAAAGCGACCUGGGGAUAGGUUGAUUGGCAACACUAAAUUGGCCCUAGUGUGUGAAUGUGAGUGUGAAUGUUGUCUGUCUAUCUGUGUUGGCCCUGCGAUGAGGUGGCAACUUGUCCAGGGUGUACCCCGCCUUCCGCCCGAUUGUAGCUGAGAUAGGCGCCAGCGCCCCCCGCGACCCCAAAAGGGAAUAAGCGGUAGAAAAUGGAUGGAUGGAAAGCGCCACUCUGCAUGGCAACUGACGCUGUGGUCAAAGUUGGAAUUGCCACAAAACACUAUUUACCAUAUUCAACACUGCUGGGGUGUCAAACUCAUUUUAGUUUCUGGACCACAUGGAGAAAAAUCUAGUGGGCCGGUCCGGUAAAAUCACGGCAGGAUAACUUAAAAACAAAGACGACCUCAUAUUGUUUUCUUUCUUUAAAAAUAGAACAAGCCCAUUCUGAAAAUGUACCAAUCAUAAUGUUGUUGGGGGUUUAUUUACACUUUUUUUACACUUCCAUCCAUCCAUUUUCUACCGCUUAUUCCCUUUUGGGGUCGCGGGGGGUGCUGGCGCCUAUCUCAGCUACAAUCGGGCAGAAGGCGGGGUACACCCUGGACAAGUCGCCACCUCAUCGCAGGGCCAACACAGAUAGACAGACAACAUUCACACUCACAUUCACACACUAGGGAGAUUUUUUUUACACUUAUUAACACAUAACACACUGUAAUGUGUUAAUAAUUUCACACAUAAGUCGCUCCCGAGUAUAAGUCGCACCCCUGGCCAAAGUAUGAAUACGGUAUUUUUCGGACUAUAAGUCGCAGUUUUUUUCAUAGUUUGCGACUUAAACUCUGGAGCGACUUAUGUGUGAAAUUAUUAUCACAUUACCGUAAAAUAUCAAAUAUUAUUUAGCUCAUUCACGUAAGAGACUAGACGUAUAAGAUUUCAUUGGAUUUAGCGAUUAGGAGUGACAGAUUGUUUGGUAAACGAAUAGCAUGUUAAAUAAAUGAUAAAUGGGUUGUACUUGUAUAGCGCUUUUCUACCUUCAAGGUACUCAAAGCGCUUUGACACUACUUCCACAUUCACACAUUCACACACACAUUCACACACUGAUGGAGGGAGCUGCCAUGCAAGGCGCUAACCAGCACCCAUCAGGAGCAAGGGUGAAGUGUCUUGCUCAGGACACAACGGACGUGACGAGGUUGGUACUAGGUGGGAUUUGAACCAGGGACCCUCGGGUUGCGCACGGCCACUCUCCCACUGCGCCACGGCGUCCCUUCCGUUCUAUAUGUUAUAGUUAUUUGAAUGACUCUUACCAUAAUAUGUUAGUUAACAUAGCAGGCACCUACUCAGGUGUUAUUUAUGCCUCAUAUAACGUACACUUAUUCAGCCUGUUGUUCACUAUUCUUUAUUUAUUUUAAAUUGCCUUUCAAAUGUCUAUUCUUGGGGUUGGGUUUUAGCGAAUAAAUUUCCCCAAAAAAUGCGACUUAUACUCCAGUGCGACUUAUAUAUGUUUUUUCCCUUCUUUAUUAUGUAUUUUCAGCAGGUGCGACUUAUACUCCGGAGCGACUUAUACUCCGAAAAAUGCGGUACAUGUUGCGGUUAGUAGUAUUCUAUCUAUAUUUGUCUUUAUUUAUACUUUCUGAAUAAAUAAUGUGAUAAUGUUCA